UGCCAAGUCAGUUCAAAUAAUCAUAUGCUCUACUCUUCUUAUAAGGUUACUYCUAGCACAGGUGGUUUUGGACCUCAGCGGAUUUAGAAUAUAAUAUGAGAUUAUGAUUAUUGUCUCUUCGGGCAAAUUUGAAGGCGAAAAUUCAUUGGCCGAGAGUGAAAGAUUUUAUUGGGUGUUGUGAAGGAGAAGCGACCAACGACGUCAAACUAGAACCUCAGUUGUCGCCUCUGCUGAGUUGCCUUACGAGCUGUAAGAAUGGAAAAUGGCAUGAUGAAUGGCGACCGUUCUCCCUCGCCUGGCUUCACUCGUUCAAACUCACGAGGUUCAAUGAACGGUAGAGAUGCCUAUGGCCGAACUUCGCUCCUACGAAGAAACCAAAGUCUCAACGCCAAACAAAUAAGUUUUUACAGAAAUGGGGACAAAUUUUUUCGUGGUCUUAAGCUGGCUGUCUCAGCUGAGCGCUACAAAGAAUGGGAUUCUCUACUGGCCGAGUUGUCGUCGAAGCUAGACCUUCCCACAGGAGCAGUACGCUACGUAUUCUGCUCUGAAACGGGGAAGAUGAUAGAAGAUAUAAACGAGCUACAGUAUGGUAUGAGUUACGUUUGUUCGUCUUCGAAUAGCUUCAGAGACGUAGAAGGAGGAUACGGGAAGGAAAACCAACCCCAGUGGUCUCUUCAUAACAAAAAAGCCCUCCGAGAUGAGCUGAACAACUGGACAGAUGGAAAAGGCAGUCAUGAACCAGAAGUACUACAGAGUGGCGGCCCUCGGGAUUUCAUCAAACCUAAACUGGUCACCGUAAUAAAGAAUGGAAAACCGCCACAAAAGAAAGUAACCAUGCUUCUCAACGGGAAAACGGCAGCUUCUCUUAAUCAAGUCCUGGAUCAUCUUUCAGCGAAGGGGACUUUAGGAAAAGUGGAUAAGUUGUACACUGUCUCCGGAAAAAUGAUUCGUACUCUGCGCGACUUGUUUGAUGAUGACAUGAUAUUUGUAGCCUUCAGCUCAACAGAGAAGCCACCAGAGGAAGGAUUUGAUGUUGAGAUCCAAAAUUACAAGAUAACUCCAUACAGAGACUUAAAGAGGCCUUGUGGCUUAAAGAGGUCUUCAUCUCUGCGCACACCUAGACAACACAGAGACAGUGGCUCUCAAGAUGGUGGGCAUACUCCAAGUCGUCCUGUGCGUCGUUCUAAUUCAGUGAAAAGUGCUGGUAAAGGUUCAAGAGGUAGAAGUGUUAGUCCAGGUCCUCCAGGUAACAGGGUUAAUGGACACACCCCUAAAUCAAACCGCUCCAAGUCUCCUAGUUCAACAGGAAGAAAGACUCCAUCUGGAAUGGCAAAUUUAAAUGAUGAGCUAUACCCAGCUAACGUGUUUGAGAGGGAUACAGCUUCAGAUUCAGCUCGCGAAGGAAAAUACUUUAAAAAAAGAAGAAUAUCAGUCCAUGGAUUGUACAGAAUUGGCAAGAUCAUUGGCGAUGGGGAGGAGAUUUAUUUGAAGCAAUAGUCAAAGCUACCAAGUAYACUGAAGUACAUGCUUGUCAUAUGGUCAGAGAUUUAGCAAUGGCCUUGGAUUAUUUACACUGUAAUAAUAUUGUACAUAGAGAUAUCAAACCUGAAAAUUUAUUGGUUGUAGACUUACCAAAUGGGAGAAAGUCAUUAAAAUUAGCUGACUUUGGUCUAGCAAUGGAGGUCAAAUCACCUAUGUUUCUUGUCUGUGGUACACCAACCUAUGUUGCUCCUGAAAUCCUGGAUGAAUCAGGGUAUGGUCUCAAGGUUGAUAUCUGGGCUACUGGUGUGAUAUCCUAUAUACUUCUUUGUGGAUUCCCUCCAUUCAGAAGUCCUGAUCAAGAUGAAUUGUUUGACCUUAUUUUAUCAGGAGAAUUCGAAUACUUAUCUCCCUUUUGGGAUGAUAUAUCAGACUCGGCUAAGGAUCUUAUAGAKCACAUGCUUGUGGUAGAUGUAAAUCAAAGAUAUUCAGCCAAACAGAUCCUCUCUCAUCCUUGGAUAAAGGGAAACACGGCAAAACACAAAGACAUCCAUGUCAACCUACGAAAYGAAAUCAACAAGAACUUUGACUCCAAAGGAAAAUUUAAAUCAGCAGGGAUCGCUGUACACACGGUAAAACGAAUGAACAAGGAGACCUAUAAUACUAGGUCUCACUGUUGUAGAUAUGUUAAGUCUAGCUUAAAACCUCGCAAACGCAGAGUAGCAUUUGUUAAGGAGUCUUUAAAGGUAGAUUUAGCACAUUCAGAUGGUGAUCUCCAAGAUUUCAUAGUUUAYGGAGGAUGCGAUAGUGGGGAGCACAAAGAUGUGUCCAUUAARAGUUGGAACUCUCUUCAAUCUGAGAAUGAGAGCCAAGCUCCUGCUAGACACAAGAGUAGCCCUGAAAUYGUCAGYCCRACGGAGAAGCAUAGGUACUUUUAUGAUAACRUUGUGCACAGUUAUCAUUCAAGACCAGCGGARGAAGCAAAACAGUUUAAAAUGCAUUUAGAUAUYGACGAGUCMAAGCAUGAUGAAAAGUCAAGAUCRGCACUUGAAUUGAGACAAAUUGAGAACUCUAGAAAAGCUGGUGAAGAAAACGAGGAGAAGAAGUUCCAAGCUGAGCCCCCAGAGAAUUCUGGGACACUUGAGGUCAAAGAUACGACUCAGAAAAGCACUGAAAGUACAAAAAGUGAAGAGAACUUAGAUGACACCAAAUCUAGUGAAUUUUCAAGAUUCRSUARRACCAGACCAACCGAAAAYACAAAGAGUGAAGAGAACUUACUAGAUGUYACCAAAUCUAGUGAAUUUUCAAGAUUCGGUAGAACAAGACGACAAGUUUUUAGACAAAAACGAGGACGUCGSCAACGCAGCUCUAGCAUGCAAGAAAAAUUUAACGAAGGUUCAAGCAAGCCACAAAGAAGUAGAAAGAGGUCGUACGAUAUUCCCAUACGAACUAAAGAUGGCAAGACAAUAGCAAAAUAUACAGUACCUGAAAUUGAUCGCAUGCAUGUGAGCCUUGAGAAUUUUAUCGAAAGAGACAUAGUGUUUAGUUUUGAGGGUUCGCAAGAYGGUCCAGACUGUCUUUCUCCUGGUUUAUCAAGCUUUGAGAACCUAGAGGCCAGUUUGAUGGCUGACCUUGACAAUGAACAGCUAGAAGAUGUGAAUAAUUUUGAUGCAAUUCGAGGUGCUGAAAAAAAUUAUGAAGAUGACAUUUUUACACUUUUAAAYGCCGAUGACCAGAGUAACCAGAGUAUAACAAAAGAAACCAACUCUUCAGAAAUAUCAGGGGGAAAAUCAGAUAUAAACUCAGGUAAUGAGGAUCACCGCAGGUUGAAAGUAAGCCAUAUUGCUGAAAAAUUCGAAAAGCUUUCUCUAAGUAAUUCUAGUCAAUCCACACCAGACAUAGAAAUCUAGCUCAAGCAGCAAAAAAAAAUUUUUAAAGUAAUAUUCUUCUAUGCUUUUCAUACAUUCCCUCCCAUGGAACUGAAUCUGGAAACCACGAUCACAGACAGCAUAGGUAAAGUGUGCUGCUUAUAAGCCCAUUACAAAUAUUAUGGCUGAAACUUCGAGAAGUUUUCUCUAUAGAAAGUUUUUCACUCCUUUCCUGAUAUUUUUUGUACCAAGAAUCAUUAGUUAGAACACAGUUAUAUAAUCAGGGAUAUAGGUAGUACUUUAGAUGGUAAUCUAGUAUCUAUAUUUUAGCAAAGUGUGAGUUUUGUUAGAUGAUGUUAACUUAAUCAAUACGUUGUGUGUUGUUGUAUUAUGUAUGUGUGGUCUUGUAGAUAGGUGGUAACUGUCUAUAGUAAUGCGCACAUGUGAAUGUUGUAAGAUGAUGUAUGGUUGAAUSUGUACUGUCUAACUUAACCAAGCUAUAUUUAAGCUCUAUAAAGUGCGAUUUGAAUACUUGUAUAUAAAAUGCUGUCAAAGAAAAAUAGAUGCAAAAUUAAUGAUUAAAAUAAAAUAUAAACACUUAAAUACUUUAUGUGCAUAAAUCAUAAAAUGAAAUUCAAAGAAAAGAUAAUUAUGAUAACUGAUARUCAUUAAUAUAUUUUUGAUUUAUUAGUUAGUUGCCAACGGCAAUAAAAACGUUUUUAACUUAAAUGUUAGAGCAGGCAAACUGAGUAAAAUAUGGCAGAAAUGAUUAACAUAAAUAUUGGUUCAGUUGUGUAGAAUUUAUCUAUAGGAAAAUCUGGGGGGAAAAAGGGAAAAACAAUUUUGUAUUAAAUACAUGAUUUCAGUUAUAGAAGUUUUGAGGGUUUAUAAAAAUUAUGAAAAAAAAUUCAUGUUAAAAAUAAUCUUCUUCAGAAACUUUGUACAUUUGAAAAAUACGACAAUUAAAACUUUAAAUAUUAAUAAUAAACAGAA